CAGAUAUGCAAAUUUCCCGGUCGAAAUAGAAGCCCCAGGCUUGCGUAGGGUUUCGCCGGUGCUCUCGCGAAUUCGAUCGGCUCCCAUCCCUUCGACCCACCGCCUCUUUCCACAAGCUUCGCCGCCCUCGAUAUCCAUCCAGAUGGCUGGUAGAGGUCGUGGACGACGCCAAGCUUUUGAAGAGGUUCGGCGUGGUUAUCCUGCUCCUCCAGGACCACUUGUUCGUGGACCUUUCCCCCAGCCUCUUCACCCAGCAGCACUUGAAGAGGAACUUGAAUUGCAAAUGAUGGACAUAAGGAGGCUUUUGGCAGAGAACUGUGGGCUAGCUGAGGAUCGUGCGACUUUUCACCGGGAGUUGGCUGCUGCUAGGGAGGAACUUCACAGGAUGAACUUGGUGAUUUCAGAUAUCCAAGCUGAGAAAGAAGCUCACACAAGGGACCUGAUUGAAAAAGGAUUAAAGCUAGAAGCUGAUCUGAGAGCUACUGAACCUCUGAGAGAGGAGGUCACAGAACUACGGACAGAAAUUAAGAAGCUUACUACUAUUCGACAAGAGCUCAACAAUCAGGUUCGUUCUCUUACGCACGAUCUGACAAGGGCUCAAUCUGAUAAUCAACAGAUCCCAGCUCUGAAGGCUGAAAUUGAUGGGCUUCAUCAAGAACUUAUGCAUCUUCGGAUGUCUGUUGAAUAUGAAAAGAAAUCAAACUUUGAACUGAUGGAACAAAGACAAUCAAUGGAGAAGAACAUGGUUUCCAUGGUGCGUGAGAUUGAAAAAUUACGUGCUGAAUUGGCUAGUGCUGAGGGGAGGACACAGGCUGCAAGCGGAAGUUAUGGGACUAAACUUGGCAGCUCUGAAGGACCCUAUCCUUCAACAUAUGGAUAUGAAUAUGGCAUUAAGCCUCCUGUUGCUGAUAAGACUAAUCUGUACGGUGCUGGCUCUGGAUCAUGGGGAGCAAUCAGCAAGUCUCACCUCGCUCGUCGUUGAGAAUCUAGUUCAAUUACCCUCUAAAUAGGAUCUAUGCUAUUUCUAUUGCUGAUGCUUGCGCACUAGACAUUUAGAUGGUUUUCUAGCUUCACAAUUGGUGCAUGCUCCACCAGUUCACUCAGAAGACUGCUUUUCAGAAGCUAGAUAACAUCACUUAUUAUCUUCAUUUUUAGUCAGUUUGAGGCAUGCUCUAUAUGAUUUUAAUUUGGAAUUAUGGGAUGUCAAAUAUAUUUUAUGUGGUUCUCAAUCUACUUUUAUACUGUAUUUUUAGAUUGUUUUGUGGAUUAA